AUGACAUCUGUAGAAUACGCUGGGAUUGGGAGAUUGGUUGAUAUCACCUGGGUUCAACAUUGUCUUGCAAAUGAUGAUGGCAAGCCAGUCCAACUCUUCACCGCUAUCACAAAGGCUCCCACGCUCAAUGUUGUGGGUCUAGUUGACGAGACGCUAGGAGACGAAUAUUCCUGUGAAUUGUGGGCAUCUGCACCUGCUAUUCUCCCACUGCAGCCGCCAGAAGGCUACGACAAAGUGAUAUGUCAUGACCCAACUUCAGAAGUUGCCAUAGAGGAUUGGGCACCUGAGGUGCUGAAAGAAUGGGGAAUGUUUUUUCAAAAGGGUCUGAUCAAUGCCGAAGAAAUAAAGGAAAUGCGAUCGUAUGUAGACGAGGAAAUUAGCAAAACGGAAGACCUCAUGAAAGAACAUCAUCCGGAAAUAGAAAUCGGUAAGGACACAUUCCAUUUCAAGGAGAUUGCGUCUAGAGGUAACGGAAGAUUUGAUCUUUUGCUACAGUCGGAAUCGGCAAAGGAAUUUGUAGAACAAAAAAUAAGGAGUCAAGUGACGACCCUUUUGGAGAAAACUCUUGGCACUGACAGUGAAUUAGAUUUUGACGUAUCGGUAAUUUAUUCAAAACCUGGUUCUCAAAACCAAGGAUGGCACUGUGAUGGAGAGCAUCAAAAAGGAGCAAAAGACUCUGAAUGGGAACCUGAUGGAUGGAAGACUAUAUUGGCGGAAACAUAUGCGCUGUGUCUCUUCAUCCCCCUAGUUGACAUCAACGAGGAGACCGGAUAUACGCAAUACUGGCCAGGCUCCCACCGAAACAGGAGUCUAGUCGGAUUUGGGCCUGUCGCUGAGAUUGCGCAAUCGACGUGGAAUGGAAAGUGUUCCGCAGGAGACGCUAUGUGGUAUGACUACCGCCUUUUUCAUCGUGGUACGGCGAAUACAUCAUCACUUCUUCGGCCUAUUGUCCAGGUUCUUUUCAAGAAGAAGUGGUACGUUGAAAGAGCAAACUACGGCGAAGACAGCAUCACGUAUAAGGAGGAAGAGGAGACUGAACCCGAUACCGAACCAGACGCCGAGCACUCCGAGGACGCUAACAAGGAACACUGA